UGUUACAAAAAGUCAAUUGUCAAUGAUGUUUUCUGAGACUGUCAAAUUUGAAUUCGUGUUUAUUAAUAUUUUAUUUUCGUUAUUUUGUUCAAUAUUACCGUAAUUUCAAUGAAACUCAAAAUGAAUAUUAAAGAUGAGCAUAUUAAAUUAGAAGUAAAUACUACUUUACGAGAAAAACAAGAACAACUUGCUCUUGCUACAGCUACAUCUGAGACACUGAAGAAACUGAAUGUAUCCAUUGAAGAAUUGCCACAGAAAUGUCAACAGCUUUUAAACCAAGCAGCUGAGUGUCAAGCAUCAAUGGACAUUGAUAUCCUUGAUCCCAUUGCAAUAUCAGUACAUCAUACUUCACAGCUAUCAAAAAAAUUACAAGAAGAAUAUGAAAUACUUAAGUUAAAACAGAGUAACCAGUUAUUACAAGUAAAAAUUGACAAUAACAACAAUUUUUUGGAGGGCUUGAAGAAGGAAUUACAAUUUUCUAGAAAGUCUUUAUCACAACAGUCACCAAACCCUGAUAAUAUUCAAGAUUAUAUAAGACAGAUGAGACAUAAGGUGGCUUCAUAUACAGAGAGCUGUGAAAAAGCCAAGGCGAAAUACACAAAAUUAUCAGUGCCUGACCAAAUUCUUCCGAAAUCUCUGAUUGCACUGGUGGAGACAUUAGCUACAUUAAAAACAGAAGCUAUGACGCUACAGCAGAGCGCGGAUGAGGUCGCUCUGGCAAGGGAAGCUAGGGAAACGUUCAAUAGGCUUCGUAGAUAAAAAUAUAUCAUCAACUAAUUAUAAGAAUAUCUAAGCAAUUAAAGUGAUUCAAAGUAAUAAUAUUCUUUUAAACGUAUAUCAAUAUAUAUAUAUUGAUAUUUUGCCUUGCCUACCCAAAAAUAGUUAUCUUUUAAAUAUUAAGGGCAGGCCUACCGCCGUCAUUUUACUUUGUACUCUUAUAAUGUUAUGUUUACCACAAAUGCAAAAGUCUCUGACUAGCCAGUUAGGAAUUCAUAAAAUACGGUUAUGAGUGAUUGAAUCAUUUUUAAUAUUUUGAUUUUGUAAUGAUUACAGAGUUUGUAUUGUCACUAUUUUUGAUGUAAUUGAGUGUCGUGAAGCAAAUUAUGCUCUAAUGUCGAUAUUUACAGUGCCAUAGUGAACCGAGUCUUUGGGCAACCUAUACUGGUGAAAAGGCGCUUCUCUAAGGAUUUGUCUGGUUGCUACUCUGAUUGAUUUUUACAAUAUAAAGUUUCGUGAUAGUCAUUGUAUUCAUUCAGUUUUCAUUUAUAAUAUACUAUUCUUGUGAGAAAAAAUAAUAUUCUUUUUGUGAUUAAACCUUACUUAUUAUUACUUAUUAACAAAUAUAUAGCUAUAAAA